AUGAAGGGAAUUUUGGUGAAAGAAGAAGAAACAUUACCACAUACAAAUGUUGGUUCAUCAUCAAGUUCAUCUUCUUCUUCCAAUUCAAGUCUUCAACCAAAACCAAUGGAAGGGUUACACGAAACAGGUCCACCUCCAUUUCUCACCAAAACCUUUGAUGUCGUUGAAGAUCCUUCCACCGAUGGAAUCGUUUCGUGGAGCAGAGCUCGUAAUAGCUUCGUCGUCUGGGAUCUCAGUAAAUUCUCCACUGCGAUUUUACCUCGUUACUUCAAACAUAGCAAUUUCUCUAGCUUCGUUCGUCAACUCAAUACCUAUGGUUUUAGAAAAGUUGAUCCGGAUCGAUGGGAAUUUGCGAAUGAAGGGUUUUUAGCUGGACAGAGGAACUUGUUAAGAACGAUUAAGAGAAGAAGAAAUGUAGCACAGUCGCCGUCUAUGCAACGAGAAAGUGGUGGUGCUUGUAUUGAAUUAGGAGAGUUUGGUCUUGAAGGUGAGAUUGAGAGGUUGAGAAGAGACAGAUCUGUUUUAGUGGCUGAAAUUGUGAAAUUGAGGCGGCAGCAGAAUAAUUCAAGGGAUCAAAUAUCUGCUAUGGAAGCUAGGUUGUUGAUUACUGAGAAGAAACAUCAACAGAUGAUGGCUUUUCUUGCAAAAGCACUCAGUAAUCAAUCUUUUAUUCAGCAAUUGGCAAACAACAAAGAGUUGAAAGGUGUUGAAAUGAAGCGAAAGAGGAGGCUCCCUGCUAGUUCAAGUUUGGAGAAUUUGCAGAAUGAUUCUGUGACGAUGAUGACAGUGCCGAUUGAAUCUGUGGUGGAUUAUUCUAGUCGAGAACAACAAGAGGGUUUGACUGCUAUUGAGUCUGAGAUAGAGACAUUGUUAAGUGCUUAUGAUAAUGAAUCAAGGAGUGAAAUCAAAGAUCCGAGUGCUAACGAGAGUAAUUUGAGUGAUUGGGAGGAAUUACUGAACCAAAAGUUGGUUGGUGGGAAUCCAGAGGAUGAGGUUUUGAUUGGUGAUUUCUCACAAAUUGAUGCGCCAGUUGAGGAUUUGGUAGAAAAGAAUGAUGAUUGGACUGUGGAUUUGCAGAACCUUGUUGAUCAAAUGGACUUUGAACCUUAAUCAAAAUGGUUGUAGAAUUUUGAUCUUUGUUUUUUUGUCACUUCACUUGCAUCUUGCUGAAUAUGAAUGGCUUUUAUGCAGCAGGGAAGAUUGUAGUUGCAGAGGAGGCCAAAAGAUGUGUAUCCUUUAUUAAACAACAGUAUAAGUUGUGUGAAGUAGUUUGAAUAAUUGCUUGUGCUACAUAAGUUAUAGUACUAUACUAUUUUUAAUUAUGUCCUUCUGUUUGUAACUUCAUUUUGCAGGUCUUUACUAAAAGCAAAGCAAAUACUCAAGAAGAUUAUGAUGGAAUACUAUUUAGUGGAUUGCCAAAUGUUCAUUGUUCACGGAGGGUGUAUAACUUUUUUUUAGAACGUUUCAAUGUUCUUUGACAAUUUCAAAAUAGAUGGACUAACUGUCCACUAUUAAAAGUUUAAGAUUCUGCAUUUUCAGAAUAUAGACAGAGUGACAUGUUGAUUAAUGUCGGUUUUCUUGUGUGGCUGAAUUUAGAUAAUGUACUUAUAUGUGAAA